UCAGCGCGCCGCGGCUCUGGGCUUGCGCACGCGGGAGUCAGGGGUCACGGCGGCGUAGGCUGUGGCGGGAAACGCUGUUUGAAGCGGGAUGGAUGGCAAGCGGCGGCCAGGCCCAGGGCCUGGGGUGCCCCCAAAGCGGGCCCGUGGGGGAUUCUGGGAUGAUGAUGACAUACCUCAGCCAUCCCAGUUCGAGGAGGACCUGGCACUGAUGGAGGAGAUGGAGGCAGAGCACAGGCUGCAGGAGCAGGAGGAGGAGGAGCUGCAGUCGGCCCUGGAGAGGGCUGCGGACGGGCAGAUCCCACCAUCAGCCAUAGAUCCUCGCUGGCUUCGGCCCACGCCAGCCCCCCUGGACCCGCAGACGGAGCCCCUCAUCUUCCAACAGUUGGAGAUUGACCAUUAUGUGGGCCCAGCGCAGCCCGUGCCUGGCGGGCCCCCACUGUCCCAAGGCUCCGUGCCUGUGCUCCGAGCCUUCGGGGUCACUGACGAGGGGGUAUCCGUCUGCUGCCACAUCCACGGCUUCGCCCCCUACUUCUACACCCCAGCGCCCCCUGGUUUCGGGCCCGAGCACCUGGGCGACCUGCAGCGGGAGCUGAACCUGGCCAUCAGCCGGGACAAUCGCGGCGGAAAGGAGCUGACCGGGCCGGCUGUGCUGGCUGUGGAGCUGUGCUCCCGAGAGAGUGAGUGCUCCCCAGGGAUCAGCAGGUGGGGGUUCCCUGGGGAGGCUGCUGGCCGAUCCCAGCCUCUUCUGUCCGCAGGCAUGUUUGGGUAUCACGGGCACGGGCCCUCCCUGUUCCUGCGCAUCACCCUGGCGCUGCCACGCCUCGUGGCCCCGGCCCGCCGUCUCCUGGAACAGGGCAUCCGUGUGGCAGGCCUGGGCACCCCCAGCUUCGCGCCCUAUGAGGCCAAUGUCGACUUUGAGAUCCGGUUCAUGGUGGACACGGACAUCGUCGGCUGCAACUGGCUGGAGCUCCCUGCCGGGAAAUAUGCCCUGAGGAUGAAGGAAAAGGCUACACAGUGCCAGCUGGAGGCGGAUGUGCUGUGGUCCGACGUGGUCAGUCACCCACCUGAAGGGCCGUGGCAGCGCAUUGCGCCCCUGCGUGUGCUCAGCUUUGACAUUGAGUGUGCCGGCCGCAAAGGCAUCUUCCCUGAGCCUGAGCGGGACCCUGUGAUCCAGAUCUGUUCGCUGGGCCUGCGCUGGGGGGAGCAGGAGCCCUUCCUACGCCUGGCGCUCACCCUGCGGCCCUGCGCCCCCAUCCUGGGCGCCAAGGUGCAAAGCUACGAGAAGGAAGAGGACCUGCUGCAGGCCUGGUCCACCUUCAUCCGCAUCAUGGACCCUGACGUCAUCACCGGCUACAACAUCCAGAACUUUGACCUUCCAUACCUCAUCUCUCGGGCCCAGAUCCUCAAGGUACAAACAUUUCCUUUCCUGGGCCGUGUGGCUGGCCUUCGCUCCAACAUCCGGGACUCCUCAUUCCAGUCCAAGCAGACGGGCCGGCGGGACACCAAGGUGGUCAGCAUGGUGGGCCGCGUGCAGAUGGACAUGCUGCAGGUGCUGCUGCGUGAAUACAAGCUCCGCUCCUACACGCUCAACGCCGUGAGCUUCCACUUCCUGGGCGAGCAGAAGGAGGACGUGCAGCACAGCAUCAUCACCGACCUGCAGAAUGGGAAUGACCAGACCCGACGCCGCCUGGCCGUGUACUGCCUGAAGGACGCCUACCUGCCGCUGCGGCUGCUGGAGCGGCUCAUGGUGCUGGUGAACGCCGUGGAGAUGGCUCGGGUCACUGGCGUGCCCCUCAGCUACCUGCUCAGCCGUGGCCAGCAGGUCAAGGUCGUGUCCCAGCUGUUGCGGCAGGCCAAGCAGGAGGGGCUGCUGAUGCCCGUGGUGAGAUCGGAGGGUGGCGAGGACUACACGGGAGCCACUGUCAUCGAGCCCCUCAAAGGGUACUACGACGUCCCCAUCGCCACCCUGGACUUCUCCUCGCUGUACCCAUCCAUCAUGAUGGCCCACAACCUGUGCUACACCACGCUCCUGCGGCCUGGGGCUGCCCAGAAACUGGGCCUGACGGAAGAUCAGUUCAUCAAGACGCCCACUGGGGACGAGUUUGUGAAGACCUCAGUGCGGAAGGGGCUGCUGCCCCAGAUCCUGGAGAACCUGCUCAGCGCCCGGAAGAGGGCCAAGGCCGAGCUGUCCAGGGAGACAGACCCCCUGCGGCGCCAGGUCCUGGAUGGGCGGCAGCUGGCGCUGAAGGUGAGCGCCAACUCCGUAUAUGGCUUCACUGGCGCCCAGGUGGGCAAGUUGCCGUGCCUGGAGAUCUCACAGAGCGUCACGGGGUUCGGACGCCAGAUGAUUGAGAAAACCAAGCAACUGGUGGAGUCCAAGUACACAGUGGAGAAUGGCUACAGCACCAGUGCCAAGGUGGUGUAUGGUGACACCGACUCCGUCAUGUGCCGAUUCGGCGUGUCCUCGGUGGCCGAGGCGAUGGCCCUGGGGCGGGAGGCCGCAGACUGGGUGUCCGGUCACUUCCCGUCGCCCAUCCGGCUGGAGUUUGAGAAGGUCUACUUCCCGUACCUGCUCAUCAGCAAGAAGCGCUACGCAGGCCUGCUGUUCUCCUCCCGGCCCGACGCCCACGACCGCAUGGACUGCAAGGGCCUGGAGGCCGUGCGCAGGGACAACUGCCCCCUGGUGGCCAACCUGGUCACCGCCUCGCUGCGCCGGCUGCUCAUUGACAGAGACCCUGAGGGCGCGGUGGCCCACGCGCAGGACGUCAUCUCCGACCUGCUGUGCAACCGCAUUGACAUCUCCCAGCUGGUCAUCACCAAGGAGCUGACCCGCGCGGCCUCCGACUACGCCGGCAAGCAGGCCCACGUGGAGCUGGCCGAGAGGAUGAGGAAGCGGGACCCCGGGAGUGCGCCCAGCCUGGGCGACCGCGUCCCCUACGUGAUCAUCAGUGCCGCCAAGGGCGUGGCCGCCUACAUGAAGUCCGAGGACCCGCUGUUCGUGCUGGAGCACAGCCUGCCCAUCGACACGCAGUACUACCUGGAGCAGCAGCUGGCCAAGCCCCUCCUGCGCAUCUUCGAGCCCAUCCUGGGCGAGGGCCGCGCCGAGGCCGUGCUGCUGAGGGGGGACCACACACGCUGCAAAACGGUGCUCACAGGCAAGGUGGGCGGCCUCCUGGCCUUCGCCAAACGCCGCAACUGCUGCAUCGGCUGCCGCACCGUGCUCAGCCACCAGGGAGCUGUGUGUGAGUUCUGCCAGCCCCGAGAGUCCGAGCUGUAUCAGAAGGAGGUGUCCCAUCUGAAUGCCCUGGAGGAGCGCUUCUCGCGUCUCUGGACACAGUGCCAGCGCUGCCAGGGCAGCCUGCACGAGGACGUCAUCUGCACCAGCCGGGACUGCCCCAUAUUCUACAUGCGCAAGAAGGUGCGGAAGGACCUGGAGGACCAGGAGCAGCUCCUGCGGCGCUUCGGGCCCCCUGGCCCCGAGGCCUGGUGACCUUGCAAGCAUCCCACGGGGUGGGGCUGGGGCGGGGCCGGUGAGAAUGAAUAAAGUUCUGGACUUUUGCUACA